AUGUCGUGCAACUUCGAUAACAUGUUUAUUGCUGUUGUCAUGCAUGACGGGAGGAGAAUAACCAAGGAUCCAAAAUCUGUUGAUUUUUGGACCCACAAGUUGGGGAUGACCUUACUUAAAACUGAUGAAAAUCAAGGAUCUAUUUCCUUUUUCUUGGCGUAUCCUCAACCUCAAGACAAUGGUAAAGAGGUUUAUGAGAGGGAGGGGGUUUUGGAGCUAGUAUACAAGGGUGAUACUGAGAUCAAUAAUGGUAACGGUGAAACCAAUAGAGGAUUUGGUCACGUUUGUGUAUCGGUUGAUAAUAUUGAAGCUGCCGAAAAGAAAUUCUUGUUACAGGGAGUUCGAUUCAAGAAGAAAUUGAGUCAAGGUAGACAACAUGAUAUUGCAUUUGUCUUAUCGGAUUUUGAUGAUUAUUGGAUCGAAUUGAUUGAGAACGGAAUUGACAAGAAAGAGAAUGAAACCAAUGUUGCCUCGUAUCGUUUUAACCAUACUAUGAUCCGUGUUGUUGAUGUUGAAAAAUCAUUAAAGUUUUAUCGUGAUUUAGGUUUGAAAUUGGUGAACAAAUUGGAUUUCAAGGAAGCCAAGUUUUCAUUAUACUUUUUAGCAUACUACAAUGACGACAACUUUGAGCAAGGUACAAUGCAAUACAAGGAUCAAACCAAAUUACAAUCAUUGAUUGAGUUGACUUACAAUUGGGAAGCAGAUCCUGAGUUCAAAGGGUACAACUUGGGCCCCCAGGGAUUUCAAAAUAUUGCAAUCUCUGGUGACAAUAUCAAGGACCACAAGUAUGUGGAAGAUCCUGAUACCUAUAAGGUGGAAUUGAAAAGCUUAUAG